CUGUAAUAGAAAACAUGUGGAUGCAUACUGAUGCAAUCUGGCUGUUAUUACCACACAAAUAUGUAGCAAGCGUUACUGUUUCUAUUAAUUUUUGCCAUUUCCUAUGGGCUGAAGCUCCAGGAUCUUACACAAGGAAUGAUGUCGACAAUGUGGUUGAUUUUGGCUUUCCUUCUCCCACGCUAUGGCCUGUCUGCACCAAGGCUCAGUGACAUAGACAUCUGCCGUAUGGACAAUGCAAAACUUCUCCACCGGAUACAAGUCUUGGAAAACAAGUUGGAGCUGGGGAAACUGCAGCUGAAAGACCUUGGAGAAAACAACUAUCACUCCGUCAAGAGCAAAUAUUAUAAAAGCAAGUUGGCUAAAAGUAGAAUUGAAAAUGUGCAAAUUCCUCCAACUAGUGGGAACCUCAUUGUUCAUGAUGGAGAUUGCUCAGCAGUUUUUGAAAGGGGGAAGAAGCAAAGUGGCUACUACCGUGUACAGCCGGCCCCUCAGACGGAGCCAUUCACAGUGUAUUGUGACAUGUCCGAUGGAGGAGGGUGGACUGUUAUUCAGCGUCGCAGCAAUGGAAAAGUUAGUUUUAACAGGAAUUGGAAGGAGUAUAAAGAAGGCUUUGGUCUCUUUAAGAACAGAAACGAUGAACACUGGUUGGGGAACGAUCACAUUUAUCACCUGUUAAACGGUCGAGAAAUAUCUCUAAAGAUCGAUCUCAUGGAUUGGCAUGGGAAUACAAGAUAUGCAAUCUAUGACAGCUUCCGAAUUACCAACGAAGAGGACAAGUACAAGCUCUGGUUGGGUUAUUACUCUGGCAAUGCUGGAGAUGCGCUGGAUGGAGGAAGUAACUUUGCAGAACAGUGGUCCGCGUCACUCAAAGGAAUGCCUUUCAGCGCUGCGGACAAUGACAAUGAUAGAUACAUCAAGGGAAACUGCGCAAGAGAAAAUAAAUGUGGCUGGUGGUUUAACAGGUGUCAUGCAGCAAAUUUAAAUGGCUUGUAUUAUAAAAAUGGCAAUUAUACAGGACAAUACGACAACGGCAUUGUAUGGUCCACCUGGCACGGGCUAUGGUACUCCCUAAAAUUCACUACAAUGAAGAUCAGGCGUCCGUCAUUUCUCAAUGUUGGGAGCGGGGACGGAAUGAAUGUGUAAAUUUCUCCAUGACAUUUAACAGAAUGUAUGAAAAGGAGCUGGGCAAGACUUUGCAAGUGCCUCCAUGAUAUAUUUUAUAUGUAAAUCAAUCUAAAAAAAAUCAAAGUGAUCAAAGUUUAAAAAAUAGCAUUAGCUGAUAUAGCCAACUUCCUAGCAGCUAGAUGUCUAUAGUGCUUUAAAGUGUUGUAUGAGAUUAGGACUGCUUCUCCCAGAAAUGGUGCCACGUAUGAUGGGUUGUUACCUAGUAUGGCAGUGGGGCUGAGCUGCAAUACCAGGCACAACCUGUGGACAAGAGUGGUGCUGUUUCUGAAAAAAAAAAAAAAAAAAAGGCCUUUUGUCUUAA